AUGGAAAAUGAUUUUACCCAUCAACCUAGCUUUCUUUACUACGACCACAGCAAUUUAUUAUAUUUCUUUACCGACAUGAUCAAAUAUUAUAUCUUUGAGAUAAAAAUUAUGUCAGCAAUGUGGUUUUCAAAUGAUUUAUCAUUAUCAAAUGUAUUUUCUGUAAAUACACCAUUGGCAUCUUUUAAUGGAAUAUUUUCAUUACCAAUUUCAAAUCAAUUAUCAUUUAAUCAAGUUAAUGAAAAAAUUCAUAAACAAAUAUGUAUUGAUAUUGAUAAUAAUGAAGAUAAAAAUAUAAAAAAACAAAGUAAUAGCUCAUUUAUGAUUAAAAGUUUAUUAAGUACAAUUGUUGAUGAAGAAGAACAAAAAUUAAAAAAUGAUAUAAAAAAAUUACCUUCAAUAUCACAAUCAAUUUCAGCACCAUUUUCUUAUGUUCCUGUUCCUCAAACAUCAAUAGAAUAUGUUAAUGGUGGUUAUGGUAUUAAAAAUCCUUUAUUGUCACAUAAUAAUAAUCCUCCGGAUGUUGAUAGUACACCAGCUCCUACAUCAAGUCCUGGUGAAUUUAUAUGUAGAACUUGUGGUAAAAAAUUUAGUUUACAAAGAUUAUUAAAUCGUCAUGUUAAAUGUCAUAGUGAAGUAAAAAGAUAUUUAUGUACUUUUUGUGGUAAAGGAUUUUCUGAUACAUUUGACUUGAAACGCCAUACUCGUACUCAUACAGGUGUUCGACCAUAUAAAUGUCAUAAUUGUGAUAAAUCAUUUACUCAAAGAUGUUCUCUUGAAUCACAUUUAAGGAAAGUUCAUGGUGAAAUUCAUAAUUAUGCUUAUAAGCAAAGACGAUCCAAGGUUUUUGUUUGUGAAGAUUGCGGUUUUACAUCAUCAAAUUACGAUGAAUAUAUAUCCCACUUACGUGUUACACAUCCGUUAUCAGCAGCUUUAAUGAAAAUAACCAAUCCAAUUACACCAUCUACAUCUUCUUUCACUUCAACUCCAUCACCAAAUUCUUUAUCAUCUCCUCCAAUUCAUAUGCCAUUAAUAAAUACACCAACUGCGGAUAUGUCUGUUUUUACAACACUUCUUGCAAAUACUAUACCACAAAAAAAUGUUAAUUUUUUUGAACCUAAUAUCAGUCCUAGAUUAUCUUCAAAUGGCUCCGCCAUAUCAAAUUCACCAUCAUUUUCAUCUAAUUAA